AUGGCCACUUCUAAAAUGCUCCGUUUUGUUAUUCACAUUCUUGUUCUAUUUUCACUUUCUUUUGAGAUAGCAAUAUCUGAAAGCAGUGAGGGAAGAGCUCUUGUCAAGUGGAAGAACACCUUAUCCAAUACUUAUGAUGUUCUUCAUUCAUGGUCCAUUGCUAAUCUUGACAACGUUUGUUGGAAUUGGAUGGGUGUCACCUGCAACGAUGUUGGAGCUGUUUAUGGGAUAAAGUUGGAAAGUUUGAACCUCUCAGAGAUUGAAAGGUUAACAAAGCUUAGGUCCUUGAAUCUUGGAGAAAACAAUCUCACAGGUACUAUCCCUUCCCAAAUAUUCUCCAAUAUGAGCAAGCUUCGAUAUUUUGAUUGUUGCUAUAAUCUUUUCCAAGGGUCAUUGCCAACAAAUUUAGUCAAGCUAUCCAUGCUUAAACAACUUGAACUAGAUGAAAACCAAUUCUCUGGUUCAAUACCUCUUACAAUUGGAAAUUUAAGUUCACUAAGGGUUUUGGAUCUCAGCUACAACAUGUUGCAAGGAAUUAUUCCUCUAACUCUAUGCAAUCUUCACUCCCUUGGAUAUCUCGUUUUAUCUAAAAAUAGUUUGGAUGGUGCAAUUCCAAAAUGCUUGGGAAAUAUAACCUCACUGAUAUCUCUUUCUCUUUCUUCUAAUAUCCUGGAAGGAAGUAUCCCUAAAACACUGUGCAAUCUUCACUCACUUGAAGUUCUCUACCUAGUUAGUAAUAGUUUGAGAGGUCUAAUCCUACCAUGCUUAGGGAAUAUAACAUCAAUAAGUUCUAUUUUUCUUGGUUCCAACAUCUUGCAAGGGAAUAUUCCUCAAACGCUAUGCAAUAUUCACUCCCUUGAAGAUCUCUUCUUAGAUAGUAAUAGUUUGAGGGGUUCGAUUCCACCUUGUUUGGGAAAUGUAACCUCACUAACCUAUCUUUCUCUCAGUUCCAACAUCUUACAAGGAACUAUUCCCAAAGAACUAUGCAAUCUUCAACAAUCUCUUGAAGUGCUCAUUUUAUCGAACAAUAGUUUGGAUGGAUCAAUUCCUCAAUGCCUUGGAAAAUUGAAAUUUUUGACGACUCUAAUUGUUUCUAAAAACCAGCUUCAAGGCAUGAUAAUUCCAACUCCAACAUUUCGAAAUGACACAAAUCAAACAACAAAUUCUGCUAGUUUGAUUUAUGGGAGGGAUACAUGGGUGUGUGGUUUGAGUUCCUUGAAAUUUCUUGAUCUAUCAGACAACAAUUUACAUGGUCCACUACCUCAGUGUUUAGAGAACUUCAGCAGGGAACUUGUGGUUAUUAAUUUAGCUAGAAAUCAAUUUCAAGGAUUCAUUCCAGGAGUUUGCACAAACAGAAACAUGUUGGAAUAUUUCAAUUUGAAUGGCAAUCAAUUGAGAGGACCAUUGCCCCGAGGUUUGAUAAAUUGCAACAAACUUAAAUUUAUAGAUCUCGGAGACAACAUGUUACAUGAUUCAUUCCCUCAUUGGUUAGAUACACUUCCUGAGUUGCGGGUUCUUGUGCUGAGAUCUAAUCAAUUUUAUGGUGAAAUAUGCACUACUAAGACUACACUUCCAUUCCAAAAACUGCAUAUAUUUGAUAUCUCACACAAUGAGUUCUCUGGUCUUUUGCCAAGAUAUUAUAUGGAGAACUUUGAAGCCAUGCAGCAUACAAAUGAUGAUGGGAUGCUAUCAACUUUUGAAGCUUCAAUCAGCUUAGUGUGGAAAGGGGUUGAGAUUCAAGUGGUGCAUUAUAAUAUCCUUACACUCCUUGAUUUAUCCAACAACUUCUUCCAUGGUGUGAUUCCGAGAUCUUUAGGAAAGCUUCACUUCAUUCGGUUUCUCAAUCUUUCACACAACGAGCUCACAGGCAAUAUUCCAUCAUCAUUGGGAAAUUUGACCAUCCUUGAGGCAUUAGAUCUAUCAUGUAACCAACUAGCGGGCAACAUUCCCAGGCAGCUUUCAAGAUCAUUAACAUUUCUAGCUGUACUGAAUCUUUCUUAUAAUCAUCUCUCUGGUCCUAUACCGCAUGGCCCACAAUUUGACACAUUUGGCAAUGAUUCCUAUUUGGGAAACAUGGCUCUUUGUGGACUACCCCUCACAUUAAAAUGCCAAGACAAGGGUGAAGGGAAAGCAUCAAAUGAGAAGGAUUCACAACAUUUUGGAAGUGAACUUGGCUGGCAAAGUGUUAUAGUUGGAUACUGUUUUGGCGCACCUGUUGGUAUUUCCAUAGGAUAUUUCUUAUUCAAGUAUGGAAAUCUUCGAUGGCUUAAAAGGUUAGCGCUUGGGACUAAAAAUGGAGAUGGAAUAAUUGAGGACUGGUCAAAUGAAGCAAUUCAGUAA